UGAUGACAGAAGGAGAUACGGACUGCUGACGAACAAUUCAGUUUGAAUCAGAUCGUUGCUGAAACAUUUCAUCUCGAAUUGAAUCAUCGUGUGUCCAACUUAAUCAACAUGGAAACAUGUUUGGCUAAUGCUGCAAACUCUGCAGUUACCAGUCCCGCAAAUGUCUUUGCGUAUUUGAUACAAACACUUCUGACAGCGCAAUGUAGUUUGAGCGAUGGCAUUUACCCUCCAGACCGCUCGGAGGAGAUUGCGACUUCUAAUAGAGAAUUCGAUUUCGUCAUCGUGGGCGGUGGAAGUGCUGGAUCCGUAUUGGCCAAUCGUUUGACUGAAAUAGAAAACUGGAAAGUAUUGCUGAUCGAAGCUGGCGAGAAUCCCUCAAUACUGAGCGAAGUUCCCGCAGCAUUCGUCUCGCAAUUACAUUCAUCAGAGGAUUAUUCCUAUGACGUUGAACCCGAGAAAUUUGCCUGCCAUGGUAACAAGAACAAGUUGUGCAAAUGGUCAAAAGGCAAAGCUCUGGGCGGUAGCUCUACACUAAAUGCCAUGCUCUACAUUUAUGGCAGUGAAAAGGAUUACAACGAAUGGUCCCAAAUGGGCAACAAAGACUGGAGUUAUGACGAAGUUCUGCCAUAUUUUAAAAAAUCUCAAAGCUGCGGUCAUGGACAUAAUGACGAGUGGAGAAGCAAGUAUUGCGGUCAUGGCGGACCGUUGAGCAUCAGGUAUUACAAUUAUAGCCAACCGAAAAUACAUGAAACGGUCUUGCAAGCCGCUCGCCAGAUGGGCGUACCUAUUUUGGAUACCAUCAACGGUGACAAAUUCAUCGGAUAUGGCAUAGCUCAAGGAACCUUGGAUAAAGGUCAUAGAGUGAGCGCUUCAAAAGCUUACUUGUCGCCGAUCAAGCAUAGGAGCAAUCUGUACGUGAUGAAGUCGACUCGAGCUGACGCUAUUCUUCUGGAUAAUACUCGAGCAGUUGGAGUACGUAUGACUUUGAAAGACGGACGAUCAAUUGAUGUAAAAGCCUCGAAGGAGAUAAUCUUAUCGGCCGGCAGCAUCGCCAGUCCGCAACUCUUGAUGCUUUCGGGUAUUGGACUCGAAAAGCAUCUACGCGAAAUGGGAAUACCUACGAUCGUUAAUUUACCCGUUGGCAAAAAUCUUCAGGAUCAUGUCAUGUGGUACGGCUUAUCUUUGACCUUCAAGAAUCAGAGCGCGACACCACCGUCACCUACAUUUAUGCUAGACGCUGCUUACGAGUAUUUAAUGCACAAUCGAGGACCUCUGGUAAAUGUCGGUGGCUUCGAUCUUAUGGGUUUCGUCAACGUACACGAUCCGAGCGCUAAAUAUCCAGACAUUCAGUUUAUUAACGGUCACAUACCACAAUGGUACAUACCCAUGGCGACUACUUUUUAUAACGCCCUUAACGUGGACACAAAGAUAAUUCAAAAGAUAACAGAAAUUCUAACAGAGGCGGAUAUGCUCAAUUUCUUUUCGAUUCUGUUAAAACCGAAGAGCAUAGGUGAGAUACGGCUACGUAGCAGAAAUCCGGCGGAUCCUGUUAGGAUUUACGCCAACUAUUUCUCUGAGCAGGAAGAUUUAGAUACCAUGUUGAAAUCGUUAGAUUUUCUGAAGAAAAUGAUUAACACUGAGACAUUCAGGCGGCACGAGUUCCGGUUGCAUCACAUGGACAUUCCUGAUUGCCGUCAUACCAAAUCCGACUCCGACGAGUAUUGGAAGUGUAACCUGCGACAUAUGUCGUCUACGAUCUUCCAUCCUGUUGGAACGACGAAAAUGGGUCCUCAAGGCGAUCCUACGGCCGUCGUGGAUCCUCGUUUAAAGGUUCACGGAGUACAAAGAUUAAGGGUCAUUGACGCAUCUAUUAUGCCGACCAUCACCGGUGGAAAUACGAACGCACCAACGAUAAUGAUAGCCGAAAAAGGCGCAGAUUUUAUUAAGGAGGAUUGGGCAGUUACGGACGACAAGAACGAGUUGUAAAAGGAAAGCGAGCCUUAAAAUUUCGAAAUAAAUUUAUUUCUCGUGUAUUUUCUUCUCGCUUUCAUCCUUUUCAAUUUCCCGUAUCGUAUAUAAAACCAAUUAAUUAAGCGUGUUCAAAUCAGUUAUAUUUAACCCUAGUUUGGCAUUCACGAAUUAAAGUAUGCAUUUUUGAGAUGGUUAGAUUUUAAAGAUUGGGACCCCAGCGAAAAAAUUCUUUUUUAUAUAUAAGGGGAGUACUUAUUGUUAGUAGACAACACAAUCUCAUCUGUUUUUGUUUUCAAUACAGAGAGCAAUGUAAUUAUUCCCAUUUUGCGAUUUGAGCGUGUCGAAAGAUAGAGAACAAUUGCGUUUUAAGUAAAGAAAAUAAAUAAAAGUUGCAAGUUAUUUAUCAAAAAUUGUAAAUUAAUAAAAGAUACGUAAGAGUUAGUAAUUUUGCCCGACUCAUUUGUCAUUA